AUGGCGGCGGCGCAGGAGACAGGGGCGGCGCCGAUGGUGCCGGCGCUGUUCGUGUUCGGGGACUCGCUGCUGGACAGCGGCAACAACAACAACCUGGCGUCGCUGGCCAAGGCCAACUACCUCCCCUACGGCAUCGACUUCGCCGCCGGCCCAACCGGCCGAUUCUGCAACGGCUACACCAUCGUCGACGAGCUCGCCGAGCUGCUUGGGCUGCCCCUGGUUCCAGCCUACUCCCAGGUCUCCGGCUCCGGCCAGCAGCUCCUCCAAGGCGUCAACUACGCCUCCGCGGCCGCCGGAAUCCUCGACGACAGCGGCGGAAACUUCGUUGCACGGAUACCGUUUAACCAGCAGAUCCAGAACUUCGAGUCGACCGUCGGCCAGAUCGCCGUCUCGGCGGGAGGCACUUCGGCGGCGGCCAGCAUCGUCUCUCGGUCCAUCGUGUUCGUGGGGUUGGGGAGCAACGACUACCUGAACAAUUACAUCAUGGCCAACUACGAAACCCGGAGGCACUACACGCCCCAGCAGUUCGCCGACCUCCUCGUGACACAAUACACCUCCCAGCUCACCAGGCUGUACAAGGCGGGGGCGAGGCGGUUCGUGGUGGCCGGGGUGGGGUCGAUGGGGUGCAUCCCGACCAUCCUGGCGAGGAGCGCGGAGGGGCGGUGCUCGGAGGAGGUGGACCAGCUGGUGGCGCCGUUCAACGCCGGGGUGAGGGGGAUGCUGGACGGCCUCAACGCCGGCCUCCCCGGGGCCACCUUCACGUACCUCGACAACUACCGCCUGUUCAAGCUCAUGCUCGCCCACCCUGCCUCCUACGGGUUCGACGUGGUGGACCGGGGUUGCUGCGGGAUCGGCCGGAACGGCGGGCAGAUCACGUGCCUGCCCUUCAUGCCGCCGUGCGCCGACCGGGAGCGCUACCUCUUCUGGGACGCCUACCACCCCACGGCGGCGGUCAACGUCAUCAUGGCGCGCCAGGCCUUCGACGGCGCCUCCGACGUCGUCUCCCCCGUCAACGUCCGCCGCCUCGCCCAGCUCUGAAAUGCCGGCCGCCACUUAAUCUGAAUUACCAGGUCGACUAGCUAGCUAGAUCGAGUACUCCGUAGUUAAUAAUCUGAUCAGAAUCAGACAUGUUGUCUGCCGCAUGCAAAAUUAAACUGAAUGGAUUAUAUGCAUGCAAGUAUGCUUGACA